CCCGCUCGCUGCCGCGCCUCGGGCCGGGCACCAACACCGCAACCAACAAACUACACCAGUAUUCCUAGAUCCACUCGCCCUGCCGCGCCUGCCUGCUGCUGGCAAUGCGGUGAGGAGUGAGGAGUGGAGACCGGGGACGACGAGAUGGGGUGCGCGCAGUCGCGGAUCGAGAACGAGGAGGCGGUGGCGCGAUGCAAGGAGCGCCGCCAGUACAUGAAGGCGGCCGUGGCGGCGCGCAACGCCUUCGCCGCCGCGCACUCCGCCUACGCCUUCUCGCUGCGGGACACGGGCGCCGCGCUCUCCGAGUUCGCGCACGGGGAGGGGGUGCCGCCGCCGCCGCCCCCGGCCGCCGCGGAGCCGUCCAAGGCCGCCAGCCUCUCGGCCGGCGGGACCGGCCCGGCCGCCCCGGGGGCCGCGGCCGCGACUUCCGCGGACGCGGCGGUGGAGGAGGCAAUGCCGCCGCCGCCGCCCCUCGACUCGCUGCCCCCGCCACCGCCGCCGCUGCCGGAGUUCUCGCCCUCCCCGGCGAAGAUCCACCGCUCCAUGAGCAUGCCCAUGGCGCCCAAGGCCGUCGCGAGGGGGAGGGGCCCCGCCAUGCUCCACAGCGACUCCAUUAGGGAGGAGGACGAUGAGGCGGACAUGGAGGAGGAGGAAGACGAGGAGGACGAUGCCCGUCUCGAUGACCGCCGCCGGAGGCUGCGCCAUCGCCAGCAGGUGCCGCCCGUCUCGCCGCCGCCUCCGGAGACGCCGGUGACCCCCCAGCCACCACCGCCGCCUCCCCCUCCCCCGCCCCCGCCCCCGAUUGACCCCAAGACCGGGGUUGACACGUGGGAUUACUUCUUCUCCAUGGAAGAGGGAAUGGCGUCUAUUGCCACCGAGGACGAGGAGAUCGUCCCGGAGCCGGAGGACGAGAAGUACGUUCCUGCCUCGCCACCGCGUCCUCCGUCCUCGCCCCCUCCCCAAGCGGUUGUGCCGCCACGGGAGGAGUAUGAGGAGGAGCCGCGCACACCGGAGAUGGUCACACCGCCUCCGUCGCUUCCGCCAAAGGCUCCUGGACAGUCCAAGAAGAAGAAGGGCAAGGGCAAGGGGAAGGGGAAGAAUAAGUCUGCGCACCACCAGCACACUGAGUCCGCGCCGCCGGUCACGGUGGUCGGCGGCUGGGGGAAGGCGGGGAAGGUUGUCCCCGCCGAGGUGCCACGCGUAGACCUGCUGCAGGUGCUUGCGGAGAUCGACGACAGGUUCUUGAAGGCGUCGGAGAGCGCCGGGGAGGUUUCCAAGGCGCUGGAGGCGAACAGGAUGCACUACCAUUCCAAUUUCGCCGACACUAGAGGGCAUAUCGAUCAUUCUGCUAGAGUUAUGAAAAUAAUAACAUGGAAUAGAUCCUUCAGAAGCAUGCAAAAUGGUGAUGAUGGGAAGGAUGAAUUUGAAAAUGAUGAAGAGGAGACUCUGGCAACUGUCAUAGACAAAAUUUUAGCCUGGGAGAAAAAGCUGUAUGACGAAGUGAAGGCUGGUGAGAUUAUGAAGCUUGAGUAUCAGCGGAAGGUUGCUUUGUUAAAUAGACAAAAGAGAAAUAAUGCUGCUGUUGAGGUUCUGGAGAAAACUAAAGCUGCUGUAACCCAUUUGCAUACAAGAUACAUAGUUGAUAUGCAAUCAAUGGAUUCAACUGUCUCAGAGAUUCAGCAUCUCCGUGAUAAUCAACUUUAUCCAAAACUGCUGGAUCUUGCUGAUAGGCUGGCAAAAAUGUGGGAAGAUAUGCACAUGCAUCAUGCGAACCAGCUGAAAACUGUGUUGGAUCUCAAGUCAGUUGACAUUUCUGAUUCCAGCAUCGAAACAAGUGCGCAUCACCACAGCCACACGCGUCAGCUGCAUGAUAUUGUAGACAAGUGGAACACAAACUUUAGUGAUCUCAUGAGCUAUCAGAAGGAGUACAUAAAUGCUCUCUACAGCUGGUUGAAAUUGAACCUUAUACCUAUAGAGAGCAGCUUAAAGGAGAAAGUAGCAUCGCCACCAAGGGUGCAGCAACCUCCUGUGAAGGCUCUCCUCCAAGCAUGGAAUGAGCAACUAGCCAAGCUGCCCGAUGACCUUGCCAGGCAUGCCAUCGUUAGCUUCCGGGCGGUCCUGGAAACCAUACUAGGUGUUCAAGACGAGGAGUUGAAGAAAAAGGAGGCCUGUGAACAAAUCCACAAGGAAUACGUGCGCAAGGCUCGGGCGUUUGAGGAGUGGUAUCACAAACAUGGACAGCGCAGGACAUUUGAUGACCCGGAGAGCGGUGAGGGGACAAGCCAGAAGGAUGCAAUCUCGGAGAAGAGAUUCGCCGUGGAAAGCUUGAAAAGCAAGCUGGAUAGCGAGGUCGAGGCCCAUAACAAGCUGUCGAAGCAAGUUCGGGAGAAAUCCCUUUCGAUCCUGAGGGCGCACCUGCCGGAGCUGUUCCGUGCCCUGACCGACUUCUCCCAUGCUACUGCCGAAAUGCACUCGAAGCUGAGACUGAAUGCACUCAUGCAGGAUCAAGGUAGUGGUAACAACUAGAUGAAGAACAUGUACAGGAGUUGUUAGGGUGCUAGCUAAAACCCCCGCCAGAAUGUUGUAAUGCUUGUAUUGUCUGCCUAGCCUUUUUUGCGGUAUGUGUAGUAGUAUGUCUUGAGAUGUGGACAGUUAGGCAUUGUAGCCGUUUUGUUAUUCAUUUGGAUCCUCGUGG